CCUCCUCACUUCCGGGGUUUUUUCCACUCUUGUGUUGUGGCGGCGUUUUGUCAAACGGCUCUUAACUCUUACCCGGGAUGAAGCAGGCGGCGGAGAGACGGUACCGGGGUCGAGACGGUUCACCGUCAGAGACGCGACUUACCGAACCAUGAACGGAGCCGGUAUAUGCGUGUGUGUUUCUGUGUGUGUGCGCGCGCGUGCGUUUCUGUGAGCGGGCUAACUGCCGUUAGCCGUCGCCGCUAGCGUUAGCAAGUGAGUUUGAAUCGUUGAAACUCGGGACUCGAGUCCGAGCAGACGGAGAAGACAGAGACGGAGACAGAGAGGAGACAGAGAGGAGACAACAACAGGACAAGGAGGACAACAUGGAGAACAAGGACAAAGUUCAGAUGAGGAGCCAUCCUCGCAGACAGCUGAAGAAGCUGAGUGAGGACAGUCUCACCAAACAGCCCGAGGAAGUCUUUGAUGUCCUGGAGAAGCUGGGUGAAGGGUCGUAUGGCAGCGUGUUUAAAGCCAACUACAAAGAGAUGGGGGAGAUCGUAGCCAUCAAACAAGUUCCCGUGGAGUCCGACCUUCAGGAGAUCAUUAAGGAAAUCUCCAUCAUGCAGCAGUGCAACAGUCCUCAUGUGGUCAGGUACUAUGGCAGCUACUUCAAAAACAGUGACCUGUGGAUCGUCAUGGAAUACUGUGGAGCCGGAUCAGUGUCUGAUAUCAUCAGAAUACGCAACAAGACGCUAACGGAAGACGAGAUCGCCACCAUCCUGCAGUCGACGCUGAAGGGUCUGGAGUAUCUUCACUUCAUGAGGAAGAUCCACAGAGACAUCAAAGCAGGAAAUAUCCUGCUCAACUCGGAGGGUCAGGCCAAACUGGCUGACUUUGGAGUUGCCGGACAACUCACAGACACAAUGGCGAAAAGAAACACGGUCAUCGGCACGCCGUUCUGGAUGGCUCCUGAAGUCAUCCAGGAGAUCGGCUACAACUGCGUGGCCGACCUUUGGUCUUUGGGGAUAACGGCGAUCGAGAUGGCCGAGGGGAAGCCGCCCUACGCUGACAUCCACCCGAUGAGGGCCAUCUUCAUGAUCCCGACCAACCCUCCGCCGACGUUCCGCAACCCGGACCUGUGGUCGGAAGCGUUUCAGGACUUUGUCGGACAGUGUUUGGUGAAAAACCCAGAGAAAAGAGCGACUGCUACACAACUGUUACAGCAUCCGUUCAUCAAGUCAGCCAAACCCAGCUCCAUCCUCCGAGCGCUGAUCACAGACGCCAUGGAGAUCAAACUGAAGAGACAAGAGGAGGCGGAGCAGAGGGAACUAGACGACGACGACAAUUCGGAUGAAGAUGAGGUGGACCAGGGGACGAUGGUGCGCACGGGGACAGGAGACUCCGGAACCAUCCGGGCCGUGGGCUCGUCAACGGGUUCACUCAGCGGGACGGCGCGGACCAUGAUCGAGCAUGACGACACUGGGACCAUGCAGUCACAGCUCGGCACCAUGGUCAUCAACUCUGACGACGAUGAGGACGAGGACGAAGGCGGGACGAUGAAAAGGAGAGACGAGACGAUGCAGCCGGCGAAGCCGUCCUUCCUCGAGUACUUUGAGCAGAAAGAGAAGGAGGCCAAUGGUCGUAAUGAUGGAGGUGGAAGAGGAGACAACAAAGCAGACAACCGCAAACUGCCCUGUGAAGGAGACCUUGAAGUGGUCAGCACGUGGUCGGUGGAGGAGCUGCGGCUGAGACUCGCCUCCCUGGACCCUCAGAUGGAGCAGGAGAUUGAGGAGAUCCGUCAGCGCUACCAGUCCAAGAGGCAGCCCAUCAUGGACGCCAUCGAGGCAAAGAAACGGCAGCAGCAGAACUUCUGAGGAGCCCACCGAGCUCCUCGCACCAGCACCUGCUCAACGCAGCAGGUUUGUGAAUUGACACUCGAAGGUGGUGCUGACGUUUCAGUCGCCUCUAAACUGGUCCGAGAGACGAUACGGGUGGGUGUGAUGUCUAAAUUUUGGAAACUGAGAAAACAUCCGACGAUUGUCAAAUCACUGAGUUUGUAAAAACGUUUCUGUUCUGACAGAUUUUUAUUGAAGCCUUCGAUCCUUUUCUGAGACGAUAGUGGAGAACGUCUUUUGAUAUUGUCAGCUGAUCUGCAUUCAUCAGUUUCUCUCCACUCUUAAUCUCGUAAUCUACUUCCUCUUGUGGUAGAUUUACUUGCCGACUGUUGAGUUUAGAGGUACGCUUCACUUACUUCCUCUCCUUGUCUGCUCGACUUCUCAGUUUUUCCACUCCGUUUUCUUCUCUUGAAAGGUUUGUGGGGUAAACACACAAAAAAGUUGAAUUUAUUGAAUUAUUUGUUUGUUUCUGCACACGUCUGCGCUUUUGUGUCACAAUUCAGUGUUUGUCAGUGUGAAAAAUGACCCCAUGAAUUUUGCUGUGCAUGUUUUACUUUCACCAGGUUUGUGUUUAAAAAGGUUUUUUUUCUUUCUUCUUUUUUCUUUUGGCUUCUUCUUCUUCUUUAGGGGUCGCUACAGUGGAUUAUCCACAUUUGAUUUGAUUUGCUAAAGAUUUUCUACAUGGGAGGCCCUUUUCUGACACAACCCUCCCAUAUAUCUGGGCUUGGGACAAUUUAGAGUGUCCACUUAACAAUUAGCACAUGGGGAUUGGGUGCCUUGCUCAGGGGUACCACAGCCCUUGACCUGGUGGGGAUACAAAUCGGCAACGCUCUGGUUACAAGCCCUAUUCCUGUCCGCCAUGGGCUGCCCCAAGAGUUUAUAAAACUAUUUUAUAAAUCUA